GAUACCAGCUCUACCCGCUGGGCACCGGGAAAUAAAGGGCAGCAGAGAGGCAGCAGCGGUGGCGGCCGGGGGAGGGAGAGCAGUGAGCAACAACAACCGCCACCUGGAGCAAGAGGGAGCGGGGAGAUGUCAAACGUCCAUAUUUCUAAUGGGAGCCCUACCCUGGAGUGCAUGGAGGCCAGGCAGUCGGAGUACCCGAAGCCGUCAGCGUGCAGGAAUCUUUUCGGGGUGGUGAAUCACCAAGAGUUAAAAAGGGAGUUGAAGAAGCACCUGCAGGAGAUGGAGGAGGCAUGCCAGAGGAAGUGGAAUUUCGAUUUCCAGAAUCACAAGCCACUGGAAGGCAGGUACGAAUGGCAAGCCGUGGAGAAGGGAAGGUCGCCCGACUUCUACUUCAGACCUCCCUGGCUACAGAAAGCCGUCUGCAAGUCCACCACCCGCCAGAGUUUGGAUGUAAACAGGAAUUGCCAAACCGUAGUUUUUGUCGGUUCUCAGGGAAUCUCAGAGGACACUCACUGUGUAGCUCAAAAGACUGAUGUUUCAGAAAAUCAGACGGACUUAGCAGAGCAGUGCACUGGGCAGAGGAAAAGACCCAUGACCAAUGAUUCCUCUCCUCAAAAUAAAAGAGCCAACACAACAGAAGAAGAGGUUUCAGAAGACUCCCCCAGUGCCAGUUCAGUGGAGCAAACGCCCAGGAAAUCAAGCCCGAGAAGACAUCAAAUGUAAAGCGUUUAGAGCGGAGGAUGUGCACGUCCUCGUUCAUCGGGUGUGGUGGCGCAGGGGAGGUGAUGAAGCGAGGAAGAUGGAAAGUUGUAGUGGAAAAGAAAAAUACAUAUCGCCGAUCUCCGUGGGAUGGAGGUCAUGUACAAGCACUGAGAAAAAAAAACAAAACCAACAACAAAACAAAAUCAAGAGAAAGCAAACAAGAACACUAAAUUUUAGGCACUCUUAAAAGACCUGCCUCUAAAAGCAUUGGAUGUAGCAUUGUGCAAUUAGGUGUUUCCUUAUUUGCUUCCUUGUACUACCUGUGUAUAUAGUUUUUACACUAUGUAGCACAUAAAACUUGUUGGGAGGGGGGAGGGUCUGUAAGAGGGUGACUGAUUGGAACUUGCUUUCACAAUCUAGCAAGCAAAUAAAUCUAUGAAGAGAAGCAAUGUAG